AUGGAUUACCGUGUCAGAGGUAACGAGGCAGUAAAACGUGGUGACUACUUAACCGCCUAUCACGAAUACAACAAAGGACUCAUCGAAUCCCCCAAAGAUCCAACACUAUGGUGCAACAGAGCCUACGUAUUUCUCAAACUAGGAUAUCCAGAACUAACAUUAAUGGACACCAAACGUGUCUCAAAUAUCCUCGCUGCCGAAAUCAAUUUUUCUUCCGCUCAAUCGGACACACACCAAAUCCUCGGUUUUAAAGCAGCUUAUCGUCAAGGUGAAGCAUAUACACAGCUAAAACUCUACAAGCUCGCAAUAAAUAAGUACAACGGAUUACUAAUGUCGCUAUCGAUGAAUUUGUUGAACGAGAACGUGCAAGUGGAUCGAGUUUCGUUGGAGACUAAACGUGAUUUCUGUGUGGAGCAGGACAAAAAACUGUCGACCGAAUUUAAGAAUUAUCAGAAAUUUGGCGGGGAUGCGGGUGAGUUUCAAUUCAAUGUGGGUUAUAUGUGGGAUACGCGGCCAGCGAGUCGUGGAGCCGAGACUACGCGUCAGACGUUACACAAAAUUGUGAAAUCGAUCUCGUUUAAAGAGCUGAAACUUGAUCGCAUCGAUUUUCAAGAAUCGGAACACGAAUCGAGUUCAAUCGGGAAUGGCACUAACAAUAAUGGUGACGGAAAAAAGGAUAACGAAAGGUCACAGAUUCAAUUCGGUGUUUUCUCGGAAUCAUUUAUCGAAGCUGGCGAGAUAAUUUUCCAAGAAGACAGUUUUCUUUGUGCCCACAACCACUUCACCUCACGCUGUGAUUACUGUAAUCGCCCACUCCCACCCGAACAAGAAAUAAUCACAUGCGACAAUGAUUUAUGCCAAGAAAUAUUUUGCAGUACACAAUGCUACAGUUUAGCUCUCGCGAAGUACCAUGGUCAACUAUGUGGUAAAGACAUAGGAAACAUUCUUCAAGGUACACGAAAAGGAAUGUCGAAUAGUACUCUGGCAUAUCUCUUAGUUCUCAAAGUAUUCGCCGUAGCAAAAACACGGUCUGUUCACCCACUCGAUAUUUCUGAAAUGACGCAUCUUCUACGUUACCAACUACCAUCGGAACUAGGGCUUUCAUUCAACGCAAACUGGACACAAAUAUACCAAGAAACACUUGAUAUCUUAGGAAUUUCCGUGUAUGACCUGCAAUUUGAUUUCUGGGUGUACGUGACGUGUUUGACGACUUUAGGAUGUAAUAUAUUUGGAGGUAAGGACAAACACGGGAGACCCGAUACCGCGUCGCUGUUUCCGCAUUUAGCUACCUUUAUAAAUCAUAGUUGUGAUCCGAAUGUUGAACACAAAAACGGAGUAGUUGAUUCAUGCUUUUGGAGUCGUCAUGUGUUUAGGGCGAGGAAGUGUAUCCAGGCUGGUGAACAAAUUUUUAUUUCAUAUGUAAAUACGAAUUUUUGUAAGAAGGAUCGAACAGCGAAUCUUGCCUACUACGGGUUUAAAUGUAGUUGUCAGCGAUGUAAAGAUGAACUUUAG